CAGUUAUCAGUUUGAAUGUGCUGAGCGGUUGUUGCAUUUUAUUUAUACUUUCAGGCUAUAGCUGCACAGUUCCAGUUACUGUCCUUUAACUUUUUAGAAGGGUAGUUUUUUAAAAUGUUAUUGCCGUUUAGUUUGUUGUGGGAACAAAGUGAGAAGUGAUUACAGCUAACUGUAGCUGUCUACACCGCAUGUUGUAGCGUUCUCAGUUCAUGUCAACUAUUUUUCCGACAGGCCGGAAGCAGACAGUUAUUGUCGUGUAUGCUCCAGAGUGCCUCAGAUGCGUUAGUGACACCGGGCCCAGUCAGGGAUGAGCUGCGGGAGGCUCCACGUCAAAAUUAAGCGAGUGUGCGCGAGGAAGAGAUCCCAAAAUGUUUUUAAGACUCACCUGAUCCCUGUCCGAAAGCAGGGGAGAGGAGGAGGAAGAGAAGCCGGGUCAACGCCAUGCCUCCUUUCCAGGAGGAGCAGCACCACCAUGGCAGAACAUAGAGCUGUGGAGUACUGCAGCGACAGUGAAGAUCUGUUUGGUGAAUAUGACAGCAUCCUGGAGGAUACCUCCAUCCUUGCAAAGUUGGUGGAAGCAGAACAACAUGAAAGACUGCGAUCAGAGAACCUGCAGAGUUUCAGGACUCUGCAGCCUUCUGCAGACCCCAUGUCCCAGUCCCCCAAGGGCCCACUCACUGACUCGGUGUUCCAUGAGCUGGAGGACAAGGUGUUUGAGGACCUGCCACCCAGUCAGCUGCAGUUUCAGGAACAAAUCCAAGAUCAGGCAAAGAAAAGCAAGAUGCAGGUUCAAAAUAAAACCUCUACGCCUUCUCACACUGAGGCUGCAGGAGAAACAAACUGUGAGGAUGGAAGCAGGAAACACAGCAAGGCAAGGAGGAGUGUGGCAGACGUCCUGAAGAAGACCAUGCUGGGGAACGCAGCGACUCCUGUCGGUGUGUCUCGGACAGCGUUGCUGAAGGAGGCGGUUAUUUCUGAGGAGAUCAGUGUCGCCAUGCAGGCUAUGGAAAACGUAUCAGCUGAGACUCCAGACUUCGGGCCAUUCUUUGGACUCCCUAGCAAGGUCAAAGAGCUGAUGCACAAGCUGAGAGGAAUCCAGAAGUUAUACGACUGGCAGGAGGCGUGUCUGAACCUGGAGUGUGUUCAGCAGAGGAGGAACCUGAUUUACUCUCUUCCUACCAGCGGAGGGAAGACCCUGGUGGCAGAGAUCCUCAUCCUCAGAGAGCUGCUGUGCAGGAGGAAGGACUGUUUGUUCAUCUUACCGUACAUAUCACUGGUGCAGGAGAAGGUGCGUGGGCUGGCUACCUUUGGCCUGGAGCUGGACUUCAUGGUGGAGGAGUACGCUGGCAGCAAAGGCAAGUUUCCACCGGUGAAGAGAAGAAACAAGAGAUCCCUGUACAUCGCUACCAUAGAGAAGGCCCACAGCCUGGUCAACUCGCUGAUAGAAAGCAGCAGGCUGAACCACCUGGGGCUGCUGGUGGUUGAUGAGCUUCACAUGCUGGGUGAUGGCAGCAGAGGGGCUGUGAUCGAAAUGACUCUGGCCAAGGUUCGGUACAUGAGCAAAGCAACCCAGAUUAUUGGAAUGAGCGCCACCCUGGGGAACAUCAAGGACUUGCAGAUGUUUCUGGGGGCAGAAAAUUACACAAAUGACUUCAGGCCAGUUCAGCUGAAAGAAUAUGUCAAACUGAAUGACACCAUAUAUGAAGUUGACCCGAAGGAGGAAAACUGCUUCAGAUUCUCCAGAAUGCUCAACUAUAAAUACUCCAGCUCCAUGCAGAAGAUUGACCCAGACCACAUCAUUGCCCUGGUAACAGAAGUUAUCCCUCUGCAUUCAUGUUUGGUCUUCUGUCCUACGAAGAAAAACUGUGAGAAUGUUGCAGGAAUGAUCUGCAAGUAUCUAAAGGAAGACUUUCUGCAGCACCGUGAGGCUGAGAAGGCCGUCCUGCUCCAGGAGCUGAAGGCCAGUGGGAACGGCUCCAUGUGCCCGGUGCUGAGGAGGACCGUGCCCUACGGCGUGGCCUAUCACCACAGUGGCCUCACCGCCGAGGAGAGGAAGCUGGUGGAGGAGGCCUACUCCAGGGGCGUGCUCUGCCUCCUGGCCUGCACCUCUACCCUGGCAGCAGGAAUCAACCUGCCAGCCCGCAGGGUGAUCCUGCGCUCCCCUUAUGUGGCCACGGAGUUCCUAAAGAGGAGUCAGUACAAACAGAUGGUGGGCAGAGCAGGCCGGGCUGGGAUCGACACCAUCGGGGAGAGCAUCCUCAUCCUGCAGGAGAAGGACAGGAGCAUGGCCAAAGAGCUGGUGUGUGCCCCCAUGGAGAGCUGCUAUAGCAACCUGAUGCAGGACGAUGGGAAAGGCAUCCUCAGUCUGAUCCUGUCACUGAUUGGAUUAAAUAUCUCCUCGUCGCUGCAGCAGGUGGAGCAGUUCCUGCAUGGGACGCUGCUGUUUGUGCAGCAGCAGCAGCUGUGUGUGGAGCGCAGCCUGUGGGACACCGUCCAGCGCUGUGUAGCCACGCUGCGGGAGAAGGAGCUCAUCACCAUCACAGCAACAGAUUCCCCAUCGCUGCAGGUCACCAGACUGGGCAGGGCAGCGUACAAAGGCUCAGUGGAUCUGUCCUACUGCUCUGUUCUGUACAAAGACCUGUUGAAAGGUCUGGAGGGGCUGCAGCUGAGCAGCCACCUGCACCUGGUCUACCUGGUGACCCCCUAUGAUCUGGUCCCUCAGUGCAACCCUGACUGGAUGGUUUACUUCAGACAGUUCACCCUGCUGUCUGCUUCAGAGCAGAAGAUGUUUGCUGCUGUCGGAGUCCCAGAGAGCUUAGUGGCCCGGAAGGCUGCAGGACAGACGGUCAAGAAGAGCGUGGAUCUGGUGGCAGUGAAGCGGAUGUACCUGGCUCUUGUCCUCUUCUCCCUGCUGAGGGACACAGACGUGUGGGCCGUGGCCGACCGCUUCCAGCUCACCAGAGGCUUCAUUCAGACUCUGCUCAGCUCCGCCUCAGCCUUCUGCUGCUGCGUGCUGCACUUCACCGAGGAGCUGGAGGAGUUGUGGCCAUUUAAAGCUCUGCUGCUGGAGCUGACCCACCGCCUCAGUUACUGCGUGAAGGCCGAGCUCAUCCCUCUGAUGGAGGUGGCAGGAGUUUUGGAGUUCAGAGCAAAGCAGCUGUACAACGCUGGGUACAGGACGCUGAGCCACCUGGCCAACGCCGACCCUGCCGUCCUCUGCAGAACACUGGAGCACCUGUACCAGAAGCAGGCCAACCUGAUGGUGGCCUCAGCCAAGAUGCUCCUGAAUGAGAAGGCUGCAGCUCUGCAGGAGGAAGUGGACGAGCUGCUGACCCUGCCUGCAGACCUGCCGCCACAGCAGCUACUCUGAAACACAACGUCUCAAUGCUACAUUCAACUCUUGGCCUGUUUUUCAUAGGGGUUUUUUUAAUCUUAGAUUUUCUUAUUAAAAUAUUAGGUCAUACAAA